GGAACAAUAAAAGUCGGACGAGUAUAAGAUUUGCCCGAUUCAGUUUGCCAGUUUUUGAUUCUUCAGCUUAAUUCAACUUUGCUUCUUCCAGAUCUCCAUUAAGAUGUCGAGAAGGUAUGACAGCCGUACAACAAUCUUCUCCCCAGAAGGUCGUCUCUACCAGGUCGAAUACGCAAUGGAAGCCAUCGGAAAUGCUGGAUCCGCCAUUGGAAUACUCUCAAAAGACGGAGUAGUCUUGGUUGGUGAAAAAAAAGUCACCUCAAAGCUCCUUCAAACUUCAACCUCGACUGAAAAAAUGUACAAAAUCGAUGAUCACGUAGCUUGUGCUGUCGCAGGAAUCAUGUCCGACGCCAACAUCCUCAUCAACACUGCUCGUGUCCAAGCUCAACGCUACACUUUAUCGUACCAAGAACCAAUGCCCGUAGAACAGCUCGUGCAGUCCCUUUGCGACACCAAGCAAGGGUACACUCAGUUUGGCGGGCUCCGCCCUUUUGGGGUCUCGUUUCUCUUUGCAGGAUGGGAUAAAAACUACGGGUUCCAGCUUUACAUGAGUGACCCGAGCGGCAACUACGGUGGCUGGAAGGCGGCAGCUGUGGGUGCCAACAAUCAAGCGGCUCAGUCGAUGCUAAAACAGGACUAUAAGGAUGAUAUCAGUAGAGAAGAGGCUGUGCAGUUGGCACUUAAGGUUUUAAGCAAGACAAUGGACAGUACCAGCCUUACUUCUGAAAAGCUUGAAUUGGCCGAGGUUUAUUUGUCGUCCUCCGGGAAGGUUAAGUACGAGGUAUGCACGCCCGAUGCCCUGAGUAAGAUGUUGGUCAAAUACGGUGUGACCCAGGCUCCUGUGGAAGCCUGAUUUGAGUUUGGUUUGCUGUGUUGGACUUGGUUUGCAUAAUGUUUUCAAGUUGUAUUCAUGGAUCUUGAUUUUGGUAUGGUAUGGGAUGUUUAGGGUUUGAACAACAAUUGGCAUAUCGUCUUAUUAGAACAGCCGAUUUACAUUUUUUUUUA